GGGGUCGAAUCCAAGAGAGGCAGAGGAAGAACAAGAGAAAGACGACACGGUGCGGAGAGAGGGUGCGAGGGAGAGAAAAAAAAAAAAGGACAUCCGCGCGAACGUGGAGACGGCCCGGAUCCAGAAGGGUCCAGGACAGGUACCGCCGACAUGCGCUCGCCCCGGACGACAGCCGCGCGUCGAGGUGUGGUUCGGACCAGGGUACGACGCUGAGCGGCUUCGCCAUGGCGCAGCCGCGACGGUCUUCUACCGCGCCGCCGCACCGACAACGUCGGGCAUCAACGUCGUCGUCUUGGUGGUCUACCGUCGUGCUCGUGAUGGUCUUCGUCCUCUUGUGCUUCUGCUGCCUGCCUCCGGGAUCGGAGGCAGUGGGCUCCGACAACGUGGCCAAACGCAAACCGGGCCGAGGCCGAGGAUCUAGAUGGUGGGGCCUGGCGUCGGGAGGCCCCGAGGAGCCCAACAACGCGGUGGUGGCCACGGCGUUGGGCAGCGCCGUCAUGAGCGGCACGCAACUGCAGCUGAGCGUGCCCCUGAGGAGAAAGCAGCGAGGCCUGGUGCGCGCCAAUCCGGGUUCCCUGCAGGCCAUCGCGAGAGGCAUGCGACUCGCGAUCGCCGAGUGCAAGCACCAGUUCCGGAAUCGGCGCUGGAACUGUCCCACGCCCGAGUACAUGCGCGGCAAGUCGCUCUUCGGAAAGAUUGUCCAGAGGGGCUGCCGCGAGACGGCGUUCGUGUACGCGGUGACGAGCGCGGGCGUGGCGCACGCCGUGUCGCGGGCGUGCAGCGAGGGCGCCAUCGACACCUGCACCUGCGACUACCGGCAGCGGGGUCCCCCCUCGGGUCUCGACUGGCAGUGGGGCGGCUGCUCGGACAACGUCCACUUCGGCUACAAGUUCGCGCGAGCCUUCGUCGACGCCGCCGAGAGGGGAAGGGACCUGCGCUUCGUCAUCAACCUGCACAACAACGAAGCCGGGAGGCUGCAGGUGACGACCGAGACGCGGCGCGAGUGCAAGUGUCACGGCAUGUCCGGCAGCUGCACGGUGAAGACGUGCUGGAUGCGGCUUCCUCUGUUCCGCGACGUGGGUAACCAGCUGAAGGAACGCUUCGAUGGCGCUUCGCGGGUGCUGCUCAGCAACCAGGGCAACAUCCGGGGCUUCCGGGGCCGCCGGCGCAAGGGGCAGCCGCGCUCCUUCCACCUGAAGCCCUUCUACCCGGACCACAGGCCGCCGUCGCGCAAGGACCUCGUGUACUUCGAGAACUCGCCCGACUUCUGCGUGCCCAACGCCCGGCUCGGCGUGCACGGCACGAGAGGCCGCCACUGCAACGAGUCGUCGGCCGGCGUGGACGGCUGCGAGCUCAUGUGCUGCGGCCGUGGUCAUCGGACCGAGGUCCGCGAGGACUUGGAGCGCUGCGCCUGCACGUUCCACUGGUGCUGCCAGGUCAAGUGCAAGGUGUGCAAGGUUCGCCGCACCGUCCACACGUGCCUGUGAAACGACCCGCCAUU